GAGAAAAGAUUCUCUCAUUGGAUCCCUUGGAGCUGGGCGGGAAAUGGACCUAGCUCCAGGGCUCGAUCAAGAGAAGGGAGGAGGAGCAGUGUGAUCUCGGCUCCCUGCCGGUGAUCAGUCGGCGGUAGGGGAUCGCAGGAGCGAGAGGAGGGUUUUUGCCAUGGCCAAGAGGAGGAAAUCGACGCCGAGGAAGCGAGGGCGACCACCAGCGGGCGGCGAUGGCGCUGGGACGAGCAGAGCCGGCGCCCAGCAGAACAAGCCACACGGCAAGCGCAGGUUUAAGCCCGGGACUGUGGCGUUGCGGGAGAUCCGACGCUUUCAAAAGAGUUAUGAGCUACUUCUCAGGCCAUUGCCAUUCGCAAGAGUGGUGAGAGAGAUCACGAACGUUUUCUCGUCGGAGGUAUCCAGAUGGACUGCCGAAGGAUUGAUAGCUCUCCAAGAGGCUGCCGAGGACUACCUUGUUCAUCUCUUCGAAGACACCAACUUAUGUGCCAUUCACGGCAAGAGAGUCACCAUAAUGCCCAAGGACUUACAUUUGGCCCGUCGACUAAGAGGAGCCUCCGAACGGUUCGUUUGAUACUUUUUUUUUUUUUACGUUAUCUCCUCUCUCGCGCGGUCGGUUUCCUCGUCGAGGGCCGGGUCAUUGUUUGUAUCCUUGGCGAUUAUUCCUAGGCUUUGUUCGCCGCGUCUAUCUAAUUCUGCCCCUCAGUUUAGCCUUUGCUUCUCAAGGGCGGCCAUCAAA